AUGGAGAGAUAUGGGAAAAUAUUCAGUCUUUGUUUUGGGAGAAAGGUCAAUGUUGUGAUAGCUGAUCCAGACUUAAUCAAGCAGAUCAUGACCAAAGACAGCCAUUUGUUUACAAAUCACCAUCAGCACUUUCCAAUUGCUAAAGAGAGAAAGGGCAUGUUUUUUCUAAAAGACGAAGACUGGAAAAGAGUGCGGUCAGUUUUAAGCCCAACGUUCACUACUGGAAAACUUAAGCUUAUGGUCCCGGCUAUUGAGAGGUCAAAUGAGACUUUGAUGAGUAAACUGCAGGGAAUUGCUGAUACAGUAACAAGAUUGCUGCUGAUAUCUCCGAGCUUGUUGAGGGUCUAUAUAGGAUCUCCAAUCCUUCCCAUGAUUAUGCCUCGGGAUAUUAACGAAAAACUUCUYAUGACGCUAGAGAUGAUUCUCUCCACCUCUUUCGGAGUUGAGUCUCCAGUCCAGACCGAGGGUACUUCCAAUAAGUUCCUGAUUAAGUCGAAAGAGGUUUUCAAACAGCCUGCCGCGAUGGUUUACAUGCUUAUGCUCCCUUUGACUAAGCUUUGKGGUCGAAUCUUCUUAACAUUUGAGAGUCAUUUUAAGUUUUUCGCAGAAGUGGCUCGAAAUAUCUUGAAGAUCAGGAAAGAAGAAGGAAUUCGCGGAACUAAAGAUAUAUUGGACAUCAUGCUUUCRGCCAAAAACCCUAAUGGAACUCUUAAACUGACWGAAGAUGAAAUGGUUGGACAAUCGAUAGCAUUCCUGCUCGCUGGUCAUGAAACAUCAAGCAAUGCUUUGACCAUGUCUGCCUACUUUUUGGCUCUAAAUCAAGAUAUCCAAGAWCGUUUGAGGUCGGAAAUCCUUACAGCACGAAAAGCAAACCCUGAUAAGCCACUUUACGAACUAGUCAAUGAUUUGGAGUACUUGGAAUGUGUCCUUUGCGAAGUGCUGCGCAUGAGCCCACCUGCUUUUGCAACCGAUAGAUCUUGCAAUAAAGAUUACAAACUCAACGAGACAUCAACAAUUCCAGCAGGUAUGGCUGUAAUUAUUCCAAUAUACGCUCUGCACCAUGAUCCAUCGGCGUGGACCGAACCAGAGAAGUUUGAUCCUGAGCGUUUUCGAGGUUCUGCCAAACUAUCGAGACAUCCAUUUCAAUUCCUUCCUUUUGGAGAAGGGCCACGAGUCUGCAUUGGCAAGAGAUUUGCUAUMUUGGAAAUCAAGAUCACUUUGGUAGAAAUUCUGACCAAGUAUAAGUUCGUGCGUUGUCCUGAAACAGAAGUGCCGCUCAAGAUGGUCGCCGGUUUUACUCUCAUGCCAGAAAAUGGCGUCUUUGUUAGAGUCGAGUCGUGUACUUGAGAUUCAGCUAUGCGCAGCUAUUUCUGUAAACGUUGAAUGAUACAUGGUGCAUCCCAAGACCGAAAUGAAUUGUUGCUUAUUUGACUUCACGUUAGCUGCAUUACACAAUGAUAAUUCUAAACUCAAAUGCUUGUCUGUGGAGAGAGAAAGCUGAUUUAUUUACAUCAUAAACGGCGAAAAAGCGAGCAACAAUUGUAAUGCAUUUUGGUCUUGGAAUAUAUUAUCUUUAGUGUUAAAUGUUUUCUGAAACAGUCUUAUUUUAAAAGGCGCCAAUUAUUUUAAAAAGGGAAACCCAUAGAAAUUUUGCUAUGGUUGGAAAACGUGGUCUCCAUCUUGGAUCGGGACAUUUAUUUACAACAAAAUAUUUCG